AUGGCCGCCGCCGCCGCCGCCAGCACGGCAUCCUGGCGGCGCAGCCUGCGGCAGGCAACAGACCAGCAGGUCGUGCAGCAGCAGCAGCCUGGGUUUGCACAGAAAGAAGGCGGCAGCACUUUCGGGGCCGCUGGCGCGACAGCGGUGGCGGGUGCAGGGCAGGGCGUGCUGCUGGCCCAGGCCGGCGCCACGCAGCUGCCGCAAGCGCAGGUGCAGGGGCAGGCACAGCAGCAGCAGCAGCAGCAGCAGCAGGCGCAGGCGGCCGGCUUGCCGCGGUGCGCGCCGGCGGCGUCGCGGGAGCUGUUUGCGUCGCGGGCCGGUACCGGCGGGACCGUGAUGGUCGCAGUCAUGAACAGCGCCCAGUGGGACUUUGGCCUCAACUGGCUGCACCACGUCAAGGCUGCUGGCAUCGACUUUUACGUGGUGGCUGCCGCAGACCAGGCCACCUCGGAGCGGCUGGCCGCCGCCAGCGAGCCCUGCUUCGAGUGGUUUGAUGACGAGGCGCCGAAGCUGGGCCUGGCGUGGGGCCAGGAGGGCUGGCGGCGCAUGACCUGGUCCAAGGUGUUUGUGCUGGCGGCGGUGGUGGACUAUGGCUUCAACCUGGUCGUCUCGGACGUGGAUGUGGUGUGGUUCAGGGACCCGCGCACCCUCAUGGCAGCCCACCCAGACGUCGGUGGACCUCAUCUUCGGCCUCACGGCUCCAGCUCCAGCGGCGUGGGCGACUCGGGCCUGGAGCUGGACUUCCACCCCAACCACGCAGACUUCAACACGGGCGUGUACACCCUGCGGUACAGCGCCAACAUCAGCGCCUGGGCGCACGCCUGGGCCGCUUAUUUCAAGGACUGCGACAGCCACGACCAGGUGUGCUGCUACCGCCUGAUCCGCACGCCCGAGGGCGUGGGCCAGCUGGCGCCGCCCAGCCAGCGCAUCUCCACGGCCUGGCACGGCCGCAUCCGCCUGGCCGUCAUGCCCGUGUCCAUCUUCCAGAGCGGACACACCCGCUUCGUGCAGAAGCUUCACGAGGCGCGUGCCCCUGCCAAGCGAGUGCAGCCCUACGUGGUGCAUGCCACCUGGACCUACAACGGACUGGGCGGCAAGCGGGCCCGGCUGCGUGACAUGGGGCUGUGGGUGGAUGGUCCCGAGUAUUAUGCGGUGCCCAGCUUUGUCACCGUGGACCUGGACAACCUGCAGCCGCCUGAGGAGUACAACCGUUGGAGCGAGAACGAGGACAUGGUAGGCCUGCACUUGGCCACCAUGCGCCGCCAGCUGCAGCGGGCGUACGUGGGCAUGGCGCUGGCGGUGGCCGCGGGCCGCCCCUUCAUCCUGCCAAAGGCGAGCAUGGGUGGGUUCCAGUGUUACUGCGAGAAGACGUGGUAUGGUACCGUGCGGUGCCGCAUCUUUGACGCCCAGGACUUCCCCCUGCCCGUCACCUGCCCCACCGACUACCUCUUCCAGCCCGACAACUUCCUGGCGGCUCCCGAGAGCCUGGGCACGCCGCUGGACGUCCGGGAGCCUUUCUUCCUGGAGCACCCCCGCACACCGCCGGAAGUCAGGAGCUCCGUGCUGAUCAUCCUGCCCUCCGCCGCCCUGCACUGCCGGGACUGCGUCAAGGAGCAGAAGGGGCUCGACGGCAAGACGGUGCUGCUGGUGCCGCCGGCGCUGCGGUCGGGGGAGCUGCUGCCGCUGCUGGAGCCGUACCGGCACUACCGCGUGUGGCGUCUCAACUUCUCGGGGGUGGGCUCCACCCAGCGGGCCUACUCUGGCUUCAGCGACCAGGCAGCUGCAGAGGCGUUUGACCGGCGCAUGGCCGCUAUCACCACCACCUGGUGCUGCCGGCGGGACGAGGAGCUGGGGCGGUACCACAAGGAGGGCCAGACAGAGGUGAAGCUGAGCAUGACCCCAGACUUCAACUUCAGCAGCAGCUUCAGCGCAGCCGGUGCAGCAGCGGCGUCGCGAACCGCGCUGGAAGAGGCGGCAGAUGCGGCGGCGGCGGGCGCGGCGGGCGCGGCGGGCGGCGGCGUCGAGGGCGGCGGAAUAGGCGGCGGCGGAGAAGGCGGCACGGGCGUUGCGUAG